AUGCACCACGGCGAAUUUCAGUCGCAUACUUGGAUUCCGACCUGCCUAAAGGAGAACCAUUGGGCUGACCCUGACCCUAUUUGGAGAAAGAAGUCAACGUGCGCAACACGGUUUUUCGACGGAAUUGAGCAUUUCUCGAGGCAUUUACUCUUAAAAAAAGGCCGAAUAAAAGCUACUUCUCCUUCUCGAAUCUACAGUAUACCAUUUUCCCAACUUGCCCUGUCGUGUCAAAGAGAAAAGCUCUGUUCCUGCACUCAUCUCACCCCCACGCAUACUCUUCUCCUUUUGCCUCUUGGGCACAUUUUGCCGGCAGCACGUGACCGGAGACCCACCUCUUACUUAUCGGCCGCCAUGGUUUGUGCGGGCGCCGAAAUUGGCCAAUGCCAUUGUAAUGUUAUAUAUUGUUUCGUCGCUUGGUGCCAGUCUCUUUACCUUUUCCCGGACCCCUUUUACUUUUCUUUUCUCCGGUAUAUCGGAGUGGCACGUGUCUGCAGAGAAUAUGUAUCAUGGCCUGCACGCAACAUUCGCCCAUUUCGUCAUUCAGUCCUUCCAUAG